UUCUCUCAGUCGGGGUCUAACUAGCGUCCCGUGCAGAUGUGAAAGUGCCGCCCCAAAAACCUUGAAUAUCUUUCAAAAUAGUUUCAUUAAAAGAAUAAUCAUGAAAAUACUGUGCAGAUAUAUUCUAGCUUGGGCUGGAUUCUUUGGAAUCAUGAACGUGUAUUUCUGUCGGAUCAACUUGUCCAUGGCGGUGGUGGAGAUGUUGGGAAGUAAACCGUCCUCUAGCAACAUUACUUCAGAAUGCCAGGAGUUUGGUGGAAAUGGUAGCAUGGAGGUUGAGGAGAAAGAAGGAGAGUUUGAUUGGGAUCAGAAUGAAAGAGCUCUUAUACUUGGCUCUUACUACUACGGUUACACUUUUAUGCAGAUUCCAGCAGCAUGGAUUUCUUCUAAAUAUGGAUUUAGAAGAUCUUUUGGAUAUUCCAUGCUUUUAGCUUCCAUUCUUACANAAUUUUCUUUUUUCUACUUUAACAAGGUAUUUCAAGGUUUAGCUUUCAUUCUUACUUUUCUUUUUCCUACUUUGACAAGGGUGAAUUUGUAUCUGGGAGUUGUAGCUAGAGUUAUACUUGGAGUUUUUCAUGCUGUUUCAUUCCCAUGUUUAACUGGAGCUUGGGGAUCCUGGGCACCACCCUUGGAGGUCACAAAACUAAAUGGUAUAGCUGUGUCUGGAGCCAGUGCUGGAACAUGUAUAAUAUUUUAUCUAGCUGGAAUUGUUAUUGACCAGUGGGGCUGGCCGUCAAUCUUCUAUCUGACCGGCGCACUAAGCUUGGCCUGGGUAGCUGGCUGGUUUUAUCUCAUUUACGACACGCCAGAUAAACAUCCUAGGAUUGAUGCUGAAGAAAGAGACCAUAUUAUCAAACAUAUCGGAGACACAGGUCACAGAGCAGACAGUAUAACCCCCUGGCGGGCAAUAUUUUUCUCAGCUCCUGUUUGGGGAUUAGUGUUGGGACAUACAGCUUCUAACUGGGGGAACUACACUUUAAACCAACAGCUCCCGACAUAUUUGAAAACUGUUCUAAGGUUUGAUCUCCAACUGUCUGGUUUACUGUCCUCUAUCUGUUAUAUCCUUCAAUGGAUAGUUUGUGUCCUGGCGUCCUGGUUCACAGACUGGAUCAGACAGAAACAGUUCAUAUCAACAAUUAGAUUAAUUAGAUUGGUUAGAUCGGUUAGAUUGGUUUCCAUGACCCCAGGUGAAGAGGAGAUCAUGAGGAUCUAUGAAGAUGGGAUAUAUCGAGCUCCAGACCUGAUAGAGAGAACUGGAGGAUUCUGGAUCACUGGAAGAAUCUCACCUUUAUUGGAGUCCACCGUAAGUGUACCAGUGGAUGAGAUAGACUCAGACCCGGAACUAGAUGAACUCCUGAGGGACUCUCCGGACAUAUUGGAACCUUCCUUCCAGGAGACAGUAACUCCAUUGAGGACAGCAACCUCCAACACCAGAAUUGUAACAGAUGCCUUGCAAAGGAACCUGGAGGACAGGUUACCCUGGUUGCGGGACGGUUCACCACAAUCUGAGUCCAGUGAAGUUGUACGCUUUGAUCAACUCCGAGAUGGCGAUCCUAGAGCAAGAGAAUCUUGGGAGGACCUAUCGAGGAUACCUCAGACUGAGAAUUUCUUUGUUUAUCUAGGAAUAGUAUUUGGAUUCUCGAAUACGGUUGCAAAUAUCCCUGGUUUCGUAGCUCCUCAAUUAGUUGGACUAAUCCUGAACGAAAACACGCUGGCAGAGUGGCAAACCGUCUUCUGGGUCAGUGCUGCUGUUCAUGUUGCAGGGUCUAUUCUAUUCCUUGUCAAGGGAUCAGAUCAGCUGCAGAAAUGGGCUAUACAUCAGACAACAGAUGAAUUGACAGUGAACAACCAGCUGGAUAAAGCUGUCACAGAUGAAUUGACAGAUAAAGAUAAAUCUAAAGAUUUCAAAAGUCAAGAAUAAAACAGCUCAAUCUGUGAUUCAGAAUGUAAAUUAUGAAUGAAUAAAUCAAUCUAUGAAAUGCCAA